UGUUCCAAAAAUGGCUAGGCUCCAAAGCAAGCACAAGAUAAAAGCAUGCAUAAAACUGAGAAUCUUCACAUCGUGCGCAUUUGAAACUUGAAUGUUACUCUGCAUCAUGAAACUGGGAAAGGAAAUGGAAUUAGACAAAUCAAAAACGGUUCUUCAGCCGAUAGUUGAAAAGAAGGCAACAAACUACUUUAAAAUCGCAUUCCUUAUCCUCUUGGCUGUCAUAGCUGUUGGCGCUAUCUCCAUCACUGCUGUUUAUGUUGGAGGAAAACUUUCAAGAGAUGCUUUCAAGGAAGCUGGUGAUAAGUAUAGAUUCCAUACAACAGAUGGUCAAACGAUAAAUGAGAGUAUUACAGUAACAGACACUGAAGAAGAUAUUAGCUUUGAAGAUGGCUCGCAUAUCAUUUUCGACUAUAGCAAGGGGUUUAUGGUGAUGAAAGUGACAGAAGAUGAUCGAGUCGCCUGCUUUGUAGCCAAUUUUGAACGAAGGAAUACUCAUGCACCUACUGCUGACGAACUUAAAAAAAUGAAGUUAGACAAUUUGACGGUAUCCGAGGAAAUUGAUUAUUACAUAGAUAGGUCUUCACCAGCCGACCCAAGUAUUCUGUCCGAAAGGUCACGUAAAGCCUGUAAAGGAGCCGAGAUAUACUGGAUAACAACAAACAAGAUGAAAGGUGAAUUAUUAGAAAUCGACGCAAUAAAUGAAUACAACACAAGCGGUAGAAGGCGGAAGCGAGGCUGGGGCUGGUUUCGGAGGAACUGCAGGACCGUUUGUUACCCUACUUGUUGCUGGGGUUUCAAGUGUCAGUUGAAGUGUACAUUUUAGAACACUUUAUAUUCCGAUUUUAAAAAUUUGCAGCAGCAUUUCGACAAUUAAAUUGGUGUAUCUGCAUUUUAUAUAUUAUGUUAUGAUCUACAAGUUCAAAUUUCACCUUAAAAUUGACUUUCAAAUUUAAACACACGUGGUAAUUUAUGUAAAUGAAAGAUUAUACAUACUGUUGAAAUAACGUCUCUGAUAAAGACAAUAAAAUAACAGUAAUAUUAGUGAACUAUUGUGUUUGAUACUUAUGAUUUUAUAAAUACAUGAUAUAGUGCUAAUAUUUUUAUUGUCAGCUCUCUGUGCAUACCUGUACCGGUAUUGUUGGCACAUUGCCUUUAUGAUAUAAUGAUUUCUUGAACGAAACUUACAACCAUUAGAUAAAGAUAUUUAUGACAUGUUUGCCGUCGUAGGAGUGAAAUAUGUUUAAGCAAAUAAAGCUAACAUGUGACAAAAAGAAUAUCACAUUUCUUUUUUUUCAACAUUGAAUACAUUUUAACUCGUUGAAUAAAUAUAAGAAAAAUG